GCCAAAGUACUCAUUUUUUCCAAACUUGCUUUGAAUUUGUUCUUUUUGUGUAGUUGGGUUCGCUUUUGAUUUCUCCUUCUCCAUCUUCGACCUCGAGAGUAGCAAAAAAUGGCAGAAGAAUCAGAUACGAACAUCGAGAUCUGGAAGAUUAAGAAACUAAUCAAGGGACUUGAAUCAGCUAGAGGUAAUGGAACGAGUAUGAUCUCUCUUAUUAUGCCUCCUCGUGAUCAAGUAUCUCGUGUCACAAAGAUGCUUGGUGAUGAAUAUGGAACUGCUUCAAACAUUAAGAGUCGAGUCAAUCGUCAAUCUGUUUUGUCUGCCAUUACUUCUGCUCAACAAAGGUUGAAGCUUUACAACAAGGUUCCUACUAAUGGUCUUGUUCUCUAUACCGGCACCAUUGUUAAUGAUGAUGGUAAAGAGAAGAAAGUCACGUUUGAUUUCGAGCCCUUUAGGCCGAUUAACGCUUCCUUGUACCUUUGUGACAAUAAGUUCCAUACCGAGGCGUUGAACGAGCUUCUUGAGUCUGAUGACAAGUUUGGCUUCAUUGUUAUGGAUGGUAAUGGGACACUGUUUGGAACUUUGAGUGGGAAUACUAGAGAGGUUCUUCAUAAGUUUACUGUUGAUCUCCCGAAGAAGCACGGAAGAGGAGGACAGUCUGCACUUCGUUUUGCUCGUCUUAGGAUGGAGAAGAGACACAAUUAUGUUAGGAAAACCGCUGAGCUUGCUACACAGUUUUACAUCAAUCCAGCUACGAGUCAGCCUAAUGUCUCUGGUCUGAUCCUUGCUGGUUCAGCUGAUUUCAAAACUGAGCUUAGUCAGUCAGAGUUGUUUGAUCCUCGUCUUCAAGCUAAGAUAUUGAAUGUUGUCGAUGUUUCUUACGGAGGUGAAAACGGUUUCAACCAAGCGAUUGAGCUGUCUGCUGAGAUUCUAUCAAAUGUGAAGUUCAUACAGGAGAAGAAACUGAUUGGGAAGUACUUUGAGGAGAUAAGUCAAGACACCGGGAAAUACGUUUUCGGUGUGGAGGAUACGCUAAAGGCUCUAGAGAUGGGUGCUAUCGAAACCCUUAUCGUAUGGGAGAAUCUGGACAUAAACAGGUAUGAGCUAAAGAACAGCACGACAGGAGAAAUCGUGGUGAAACAUUUUGGGAAAGAUCAAGAGUCAGAUACAAGCAACUUCCAUGAUUCAGAGACUAACGCGGAGCUAGAAGUCCAGGAGAAGAUGCCUCUGCUCGAAUGGUUUGCAAAUGAGUACAAACGUUUCGGCUGCACACUUGAGUUUGUGACUAACAAAUCCCAAGAAGGGUCACAGUUUUGCAGAGGUUUUGGUGGGAUUGGUGGUAUGUUACGUUACCAGCUUGACAUGAGGACAUUUGAUGAGUUAUCAGAUACUGAAGUUUAUGAAGAUUCUGAUUAAAGUGGGUAAACUUUUGGUGAUGGUUUCAGAUCGAUACAGUGAGGGAAAAUGUGGCAUAAAGAUGGUCUUUUAUCAACAAAGAUUUGAAGUUAAAACAGAAGAGAAAUUUAAGUUUCUUGUUUUCUACAGAACAUUAAAGAAAAGCUUGUCUCUGUC